UAGACCCUUGCCGGACCUGCUCGAAUCUGGCAUCUCGGGAAGGCCGUUCCGGAGGACAACACGACACUUUUACGUAGUUCAGACGCAUUGACGGCCUAUUUACUGGGAACCAUGGCCAAUUUUAUGGAGGAUACGUUCAAUUGCCGAAUGCUUUCCUCCUAGAAUUAUUUGCGAAUUUCUUUCUCGACCGUUGGUGACUUGGUUGUUGUUGACGGACCUUGCUGAACCCCAGGUCCAAACCGAGAGACUCCGCCGAGUUUGUUGAUCCUCCGGCUUCUCUUCCUCCACCCCCACAACCCACCCUCAACCCUGUGAUACCCACCACCACCACCACAACCACCACGACCAUGAAGUUCGAAGCCCUCCUCGCCGCCGCCUGGCUAGCAGCCACCACCACAGCCAUCGGCCCCGCCACGCCGGACCAACCGCCGCGACUCAGAGGCAAGCCCGAGCGGAUGGCCAACUGGCCGUGGCCCAACCCCUUCAAGUCCGCCGAGCUCGCCAAAUUCACGCCCGCCUGCGACGUGCUGCGCACCUUCCGCGCCCAGGAAUUCAUGCUCGACGACCUGGCCGCCAAGGCGCCCAAGGGCCUGCUCGAGUACCGCGACGCGCUCAAGGACGUCUUUGCCGCGCGCGAGUACCCCGGCAGCUGGGACGGCAUCGACCCCCACGGCUACGAUCGCGAUCUGCUGACCAUGGAUUAUAAUGAUGUCCCCCUGCGCGUGCGCGAGUGGAUCGAGGACCAGGAGCGUACGGAUGGCCCGGGCAAGGGGUUGUUCGCGGUCUAUCAGCGCCCUUUGCCGGGGACCAGGGUGUUGCAUACGAUUAAGGUGCCGAAGGAGACGCCCGUGACGGAGGAGUGGCGCGCGAGGGAUGAGAUCCGGGUGGCGUUGUUUGCGCCUGGCGCGCUGUAUGAGGUGCUGCCGUUGUGGGUGGUGGAGGGGAGCAAGUGUGAGGGGCCGCUUCUCGACCUCUCCAAGUACAGCUCCAAGCUCGUCGACGGCGGCGUCAUUGCGUACCCGAUCCACCACAGCUUCCCCAAGCGGGCCCAGGGCAAGCGGGAGAUUGAGUUCCAGAUCCAGGCGCAGGUGCUGCAGCUGAACGAGGGUGAGACUUUGGAGACUGAGCAGGCCGAGAACGUCGAGGAGGCUGAGAAGGUUGAAAAGGCCGAGAAGGUCGAAGAGACCGAGAGCACCGAGAAGGAGGAACUCUAAUUUUGCUUCAACUAGCAUCAGAGAGGGAAGAAGGUUAACAUUAUACACCAUCCAUGCACCUGUACUACAUUUCAUUUGUCGCUGCAUAUCACGAAUACCAUAUUAUACUCU